AUGCCUGGUGGCUUUUCCGCUGACCCGCCCUCCCAUGCCCCGCGUCGCAGGGCGGGCCACCGCCGCUGGCUGCAGCGCGACCUCCUCCACCGCCUGCCACAAACAUGGUCUGAGCGAGAGUACGUCUGCAAGACCCUGGACAAGGCCUUUGCCUGCGCCUGGGAGGACGGCGACCACGUGCUGGUGGGCACCAAGUGCAACCAGCUGCUGCGCCUCGACACGCUCACCGGGCGCAGCCGGGCCAUCCCGCUCCCCCCCGCCCCGCCGCGCGCGCGCGAGACCUUCGACCACGAGUGGGGCCACUGCGGCAUCCACUCCAUCGCUCUGUCCCCCGCGCGCCGCCUGGUGGCCACCGGCGGCGACAACCCCGCGGACGCCGUGGUCCUGGACCGCGCCACCUGGCGCCCCGUGGCCACGCUGGUGGGCCACCUGGACUGGGUCUUCGGCCUGGCCUGGCUCUCCGACGCGCACCUCGUCACCGCCAGCCGCGACGCCAGCGACUACGGCCGGCACGGCGACUUUCGCAAGUCCUUUGGCGGGAAGGUGCGCGGCGUGGAGUACGACGCCGCCACCCGGACCCUGGCCACGCUGUCCUUGGAGGGCGCUGUGCGCCUGCACGACCCGGGCGACAACCUGCGCCUCAUACGCAGGAUUGACCUGAAGCCCAGGAACGCGGGCGAGGAGCUGGUGUGCCUGGCCCUUACCCCCAGCUUUGCGGCCGCGGGGCGGCAGACCGACGUGGUGCUGAUGGACACCCGCACACGGCGCGGCGCCAUGACCAUCAUCCCCUCCCCCGACGCCACCGUGAUUGACCUGAAGCCCAGGAACGCGGGCGAGGAGCUGGUGUGCCUGGCCCUUACCCCCAGCUUUGCGGCCGCGGGGCGGCAGACCGACGUGGUGCUGAUGGACACCCGCACACGGCGCGGCGCCAUGACCAUCAUCCCCUCCCCCGACGCCACCGUGGGUGUGCGCUCUGUGUCGGUCCAGGACGACCUGGUGUCCUUUGGCACCGGCGCGGGCAAGCUCUGCUUCUUUGACGUGCGGGCGGGGAAGCUGCUGGACCGCGCCGCGCGGCGCGAGGCGGCGGUGGGCCAGUACCACACCCCCGCGCUGCUUGCCCCCCUCCCCUUUGCCCUGGAGACGGGGCCCGGGUGGCUGGAUCAGAACCAGACCUACUGGGACCACUUUGCCAACACGCGGGUGCAGCACGCCUGCUACGCCCACGCCUGGGACCCGGCCGCCCAGCGCGUGUUUGCCUGCGGCGGGCCCCUGGCCUUUGGCAUGCGGGGCUGCUACAUGGGCCUGUGGCGGUGA